CCAAACACCAAUGAUGAACUGAGGGGAGGAGCUUAAUUUCAGGCCAUAGCUUUGUUUAGUAGUAAAAAGUGGUUUGCCGCCAUCUUGUGGCAACUACAGGCAAUAACAAGCUUUUUUUUUUUUUUUAUGUGGGAGUCAAUCACUCACAGGUUCUAGCAACUAUUUAUCAAUUGACAUGUGGAAUUUUUAGACCUGGGCUGUCCUGUAUGCGUCCAAGCCAGUAUUUUGAUGAGGUUUGAAUUGGAUUCAUUGUUCUGCCCUAAUUUUUGACUAUUUCCCACCCUCAUACACAUUUACACACAACACACCAAGCUGUUUACAGGAUGUGACCAGCGCAGUCUCUUUGUUGGGCUUCUGUAGAAGGAAAUGGUGUGGAGGACUUCCUGGAAGUUGCAACGACGCCCGUGCACUCGCGCCCAACAGACUGAGACACAAACACACCCACACAUGACGACUUGACUCCUGCGACCGCUCCGGUCACAACUCAUGCGGAAUGGCUUUCCGUAGGAGCUGGUUCAGUUGGGACAGGUACAGUGAGGUGGACCUCUUCACCGAGCGCUUGGACCAAAACAACAGCCUCUCCCAGGCCAUCCGGGCCGCCGCCUCUGACGAGAUGGACGCCGACGGCAACGUGCUGUUCGGCCAGAUCCAGGGCACCGUAGUGGGCCUCAAAUAUUACAGCGGGGUGGUAAACCAAGGCGAAAUGGUGGGCCUGGAGCGUGAACCCCAUAACCUUUACGACCGCAACGCCAUCAUGGUCGCCAACAUCUACGGCAGCCAAGUUGGCCACAUCAGGAAAGACCUGGCUGAAGCCAUGGCGUACAUCUUGGACCGCAAGUUGGCUAAAGUAGAAGGCGUGGUGCACUCUUCGACAAAGAACAGAUUCUCCAUGCCUGUGAUUUUGUCCUUCUGGGGAAAGGAGGAGAACAAGAGCGCCGUCAUUCAACGUUUGGCAUGCUAUGGGUACAAACUCAUCACAGGUGCGAAUCAGAAGCUGUCUAGCUCCGGAGCUGGGAUGGCCUUGAAUAAAAGAGGCAUGACGGUCCUUCUCACGGCAGAGGAGUUGAAGAACGCCUUUGACAACCUCUUCGAAGGCCUGCUGGAAAGUAAAGAUGGUGAAAAGGAAGCAGCUGAGUCUGUGGCCACGCCGCUGCUGCCCCACCAGCGGCAAGCGCUGUCGUGGAUGUGCGCCCGCGAGAACGAGUGUGUGCUGCCGCCCUUUUGGGAGAAGCGCGGCGAACUGUACUACAACACUCUGACGUGCUUCUCGGCCAAAGAAAUACCCGAGAGGGUCCUCGGCGGGAUACUGGCAGACGACAUGGGACUGGGUAAAACGCUGACGACCAUCGCACUCAUCCUCACCAACUUCCAUGACGGAAAGCCACUGCCCGUGUACAACCGCCAGGAGCAAUCUUCACCUCGAAAAACUGAUGGAGCCGGACCGAGUGGCGCGGUGGCUCACGGUCUACGCUCCGGCCUGGUCAACAUGGAGCAAUCUUGUUUUACCUCACCAAAUGUCAAGGACGCAGCAAAGCUGUCAGAGAAAGGCAGAAGAACGACAAAACCCACCAAGCGGAAAUAUGAGGCGUCGCUGUUGCUGGAGGAUGGCGACUUUGCCUCUGCGCUGUGCGAAGGGCUGCCGUCGUCGACUAAUUCCUUCAAGAAGAAAAAGAAGAAGAAGAAGGCCAGCUCCAUGCUGGCUCAAGAUUACCACGCCGCAGAGAACCCUAGCGAAGCUGUAUCAGCAGGGGCGACUCUCAUCGUAUGCCCGCUGUCAGUGCUCAGCAAUUGGCUGGACCAGUUUGAGGAGCACUUGCGAGCCGACGUCAAGCUGAGAGUGUACAUGUACCACGGCCCCGACCGCAACAGGAGCACCAAGUUCCUUUCCUCUCAGGAUGUGGUGCUCACCACCUACAACGUGCUCGCUGCCGACUUCACGAGUAAGAACAGGAGUCUGCAUGAUGUCAGCAGUCCCCUGCAUGACAUCAACUGGUUGCGGGUGGUGCUGGACGAGGGCCACGUGGUCCGGAACCCCAACACACAGAUGAGCAAGGCCGUUCUGGACCUCAAAGCAAAGCGACGCUGGAUUCUGUCCGCUGUUCUUUGCCGAGUAUUCUUUGACUUGAUAGACAGACCGCUGCAAUCUGGAAUAUUCCACCGUGGCGGAGGGACGCCCAUUCAGAACAGCGUGAAAGACCUUUGGAUGCUGCUGGCCUUCCUGCGCCUCAAGCCGUUCGACGUGAGGGAAUGGUGGAAUCGAGUCAUCCAGAGGCCCGUGACGCAAGGAGACAGGGCCGGCCUGCAGAACCUGCAGACACUGGUGAAGUGCAUCACGUUGCGGCGCACCAAGACCAGCGAGGUGAACGGCCGCCCGCUGGUCACGCUGCCCGAGAAGAGCGUGUGCGUGGAACAGGUGGAGCUCAGCGCCUCAGAGCGCGAGGAGUACGAGCUGGCACACAAUGAAGGAAGGCACACCAUCGGCAGAUAUGUUGCUGAAGGGACAGUUUUGAGGAAUUAUGCGGAUGUGCUGGCCAUCCUGAUGAGGCUGCGACAGCACUGCUGCCACCCUGACCUGCUGUCUAAGACCGCCUCCGAUGCAGGCUUGGCGGCCACGCCGGCCGAGCUUCGCGAGCACCUGAUCGAGAAGCUGCGCGUGGUGCUGGCAAGCGGUUCGGACGAGGAGUGUUCCGUGUGCCUGGACUCGGUGCGCCUGCCCGUCAUUACGCACUGCGCCCACGUUUACUGCCGCCCAUGCAUCGCACAGGUCAUCGGCACAGAGCAGGAGAGCGCCCGCUGCCCUCUUUGUCGGAGUGACAUCAAGAUCAACGAGCUGGUGGAGUUCCCGCAGGAGGAGAUGGCGGAAGGAAAUGGAGGAAGAAGUCCUGGCAAGUGGAGGACCAGCUCAAAGAUCCAAGCGCUGAUUGGCAACCUGCUACGUCUGCGACGUGAAGACAGCACCAUCAAAUCUUUGGUGGUCUCACAAUUCACUCGCUUCCUCACCAUCCUGGAGACGCCGCUCAGGGAGCACGGCUUCAGGUUUGUGCGAUUGGACGGCACCAUGAGUCAAAAGAAGCGCGCCCAGGUGAUCCAAGACUUCCAGAGCGUGACCCCAAGCAGCCCCGCUAUCAUGUUGCUGUCGCUCAAAGCCGGUGGGGUGGGACUCAACUUCACCGCUGCCUCCCAUGUCUUCCUCAUGGACCCUGCAUGGAACCCAGCCACAGAGGAGCAAUGCAUCGACCGUUGCCACCGUCUGGGUCAGAAGAGAAAAGUAUUUGUAACUAAGUUCAUCGUGAAAGACUCUGUGGAGGAGAACAUGGUGAAGAUCCAGAGGCAGAAGCAGGAGCUGGUGGAGGUGGCGUUCGGCUCCGUGGACAACGACCGCAAGACGUCGCGCAUUAACGACAUCAAGGCGCUUAUGAAGUUGUAGAAAGUGGACAAGUGUGCACCCCUCUUUCUCUCUUUUCUCGUUUCCGACGUUGGCCAUUCCAAACUGAAGUCCAAUCGUUGCCAUUUUAGAAUCAAGGACCCAGUCACACAUAUUCAAUUCAGAGGAGCGGGGAAUCCAAUUGUCAAAAACAAAAAGGAAGCCAUAAAUGCUCCAAAUAUCAUGUUCAUAAAGCUUUCUUUGGCUGUAUUUGAAUAAAAAAAUUCCUGGGCAGCACGUCUGCCUCAGUUUUGGGA